CCACAGCGAGGCCGGCAAAACCCCCCUCCUCUCCGCGACUCCGCCGCCCCCGUCAGUCUCCCGCCCGGGUUCCCGCCACUCUCCCCCAUUCCCCUCCCAAUCCAAUCCCAAAUCUCUCUCUCUCUCUCUCUCUCUCUCUCUCUCUCUCUCUACCGGCGGGGCGCGUCAGGUCGAGGGAGUGGGGGAAGAUGCUGUGGGUGGACAAGUACCGGCCGAAGACCCUAGACAAGGUCACCGUCCACGACCAGGUCGCGCAGAACCUCAGGAAGCUCGUGUCGGAGCAGGAUUGCCCGCACCUGCUGUUCUAUGGGCCGUCGGGGUCCGGGAAGAAAACCCUAAUCCUGGCGCUCAUCAAGCAGAUGUUCGGCGCCGGCGCGGAGAAGGUGAAGCUGGAGAACAAGACAUGGAAGAUCGAUACUGGGACGAGGACAUUUGAGCUAGAGUUGGCAAUGCUGUCAAGUGCCCACCAUGUGGAGAUGAACCCCAGUGAUGCCGGGUUUCAGGACAGGUAUGUUGUCCAGGAGGUCAUCAAAGAGAUGGCGAAGAACAGGCCAAUUGAUGCCAAAGGAAAGAGAGCGUUUAAAGUCCUUGUCUUAAAUGAAGUUGACAAGCUCUCACGAGAAGCCCAGCAUUCCCUCCGUAGGACUAUGGAGAAGUAUAGUGCAUCAUGCAGGCUGAUCCUAUGCUGUAGUAGCUCCUCAAAGGUGACAGAGGCUGUAAGGUCCCGUUGCUUAAAUAUGCGAAUAAAUGCGCCCAGCGAAGAUCAGAUCGUCCAAGUUCUGGAGUUCAUUGGGAAGAAAGAAAACCUUCAUCUUCCACCUGGAUUUGCUGCUCGGAUAGCAGCGCAGUCAAACCGUAAUUUGAGACGAGCGAUACUGUUUUUUGAGACUUGCAAAGUGCAACAAUACCCAUUUAUAUCAAAUCAAGUAGCACCUCCUCUUGACUGGGAGCAGUAUGUGUCGGCAAUAGCAUCUGAUAUCCUGACAGAACAAAGCCCUAAAAGGCUAUAUGCUGUGCGUCAGAAAUUCUAUGAGUUACUUGUAAAUUGUAUCCCACCUGAAAGUAUCUUGAAGAAGUUGUUGGCAGAAUUGCUGAAGAAGUUAGACGCUGAUCUGAAACAUGAAAUUUGUCAUUGGGCUGCACAUUAUGAGCACAAGAUGCGUCUUGGGUCCAAGUCCAUUUUUCAUCUAGAAGCAUUCGUGGCCAAGUUCAUGAGCAUUUACAAGGAAUUCCUGGUCGCUACAUUUGGUUGAGCAAACCCCAAGCAUAGUGCUGUUUCUUGCAAUGGAAAGAUGCUGUCGGCUGUAGCACUCGGCCUGAUCAAAAGCAUGGGAGCCUCCUCGGUGUAGCUUGUACUGAACUCGUGUGGGCGACUAGCUUUAUUCAGUCUGUUUACUCUAGACCACCGUCGAUGUCAUUCGCGUUUGCUUCAGUGAUUCUAUCCCAUCUGCUUGUACUUGGACGUUGAGAAUGCUAUGAUCGGAAGUUACUUUGCUCA